AGGUGGGAGUUUCUUGUGUUUCUUGGCUGUCUGAGACAAAAACACAACGACGUUUUCUCCCUUUUAUUCCAUCACGGAAGCCCACCACGAGCGAGCGUUUUGUGGAAUGGUCCUGUGCUGAUGGCAGAAUCUGCACUCCUAAUGUCAACAGCGCCCCCUGUGGAAGGCACGCCCGUGGUGCCAAAUGUCUCGGGUCUCCUGGACUUGGCAGGCAAUGACAACGGCACAGCUGAGAGAUGCUUCCGGGCACACUCUCGCAGCAGUGUCCUCCAGGGUCUCCCCUUUGGAGGGAUACCCACGGUCCUGGCCAUCAACGUGGUACUGUGGAUGUUCCUUUUGCUCAUCUUCUCCUGCCUGAGGAAAGCUGCUUGGGAUUACGGCCGCCUGGCUCUGCUGAUGGACAAUGACAGCCUCACGUCCCUUUUCUACGGAGAACCGAGCGAGAAGGAGAAGUCACCCUCAGAGUCAAGCCCUUCUGACUCCGAAACCAAGGACAUGGGCUUCUGUUCAUGGCUCACAUCUCUUUACCAUAUGAAGGACGAGGAGAUCCGCAGCAAGUGUGGCGUCGAUGCCGUGACUUAUUUGUCAUUCCAGCGCCACAUCAUCCUGCUCAUGACCGUGGUGUGCCUGCUGUCUUUGGCAGUGAUCCUACCAAUCAACUUCUCCGGGAAUCUCUUGGGAGACAGCCCUGAGAACUUCGGAAGAACAACACUGGCUAAUGUUAGCGCGAAGGACAGCUUCCUGUGGCUGCACGCCAUAUUUGCGUUAGUUUACUUCAUCAUCACGUUCCUAUGUAUGGCUCACCACUCCAUACGGCUGCAGUACAGAGAAGAUGAGAAGGUUGCAAGAACACUGAUGAUCACAUCCAUACCGAGAGAAAUUUCAGACCCAGGAUUGAUUACCAAACACUUACAUGAGGCUUAUCCCAGUUGCACCGUCACCGACAUCCGGUUCUGCUUUGACAUCAACAAACUAACCAGGCUGGACUUGGAGAGGCGCAAGGCGAUGAAAGGCAGACUAUACUUUGCCACCAAAUCCCAAAAGGAGGGAAAGAUCAUGAUGAAAACCCACCCGUGUGCGCAGAUAUUCUGCUGUGACAUUUGUGGCUUUGAAAAGGUGGAUGCAGAACAAUACUACAGCGAGUUAGAAGAGAAAUGGACAGAUGAAUUCAAUGCUGAGAAGAACCGUAUCUACAUGAAGAGGCUGGGCAUUGCUUUUGUCACAUUUCGUGAUGAGAGGAUGACCGCUGUAAUUGUCAAGGACUACAGUUGCGUGCGCUGCCGACGCCGACCCCAGCAGUCCAGUAUCAGCACAGUGGUUCAGUCACACCAGUGGGGCAUCAGCUACGCUCCUGCUCCCAGUGACAUCAUCUGGGAAAACCUGUCAGUCUGCGGAUCUCGCUGGUGGCUUCGCUGCGUCCUGCUCAACAUCCUCCUCUUUCUGCUGCUCUUCUUCCUCACCACUCCUGCUAUCAUCGUCAACACCAUCGACAAGUUUAAUGUCACCAGGCCUGUGGAGAGCCUGAAGAGUCCUAUCAUCACUCAGUUCUUCCCAACCCUCCUGCUGUGGGUGUUUUCAGUCCUGCUGCCCUUUAUUGUCUACUAUUCGGCCGUCUUUGAGUCCCACUGGACCAGGUCCGGGGAGAACCAGGUCACCAUGCACAAGUGUUUUUUACUUCUGGUUUUUAUGGUCCUUAUCCUGCCUUCGCUCGGUCUCUCCAGUCUGGACCUGUUCUUCACUUGGCUUUUUGAUGUCAACUUUCUAGAUGAAAAGGAUGUCAAAUUCCAGUGUGUUUUUCUCCCGGACAACGGCGCUUUCUUUGUAAACUACGUCAUCACUUCCGGGCUCAUCGGCACCGCCAUGGAGCUGCUUCGCAUCCCCGCGCUGAUGGUGUACGGCCUUCGUCUUUGCUUUGCAAAAUCUCAGGCUGAGCGUAUUCAUGUCAAACGGAGUCAGACCUACGAGUUCCAAUUUGGCCUGGAGUACGCUUGGACCAUGUGUAUCUUUUCUGUCAGUGUGACCUACAGCAUCACUUGUCCUAUUAUUACACCCUUUGGUCUGCUGUAUGUGAUCCUAAAGCACAUGGUUGACCGCUACAACAUCUACUAUGCGUACGUUCCAACCAAGCUCAACCAGCGCAUCCACAGAGCUGCCAUCCAUCAGGUCAUCUUGGCUCCCAUCCUCUGUAUCUUCUGGCUGCUCUUCUUCUCCGUUCUUAGAUUAGGUGCAGUGCAUCCCAUAACCUUGUUUACUUUGGCGUCCCUGCUGUCCUCCAUUGUGGUUUCCUUUUUCCGCUUGUGCCUUAAAAAGCAACCUGACAAGUCAACAAGCUACCAGAUGUCUAAUCAACCAGCAGAGAGAACAUUCCAAGAAGCAGACAGGAGUACAGUUACUGCAACCACUGCUUCCAAUAGGGCGCCAUGUUUUACACGCCAAUGCACGCUGGGCUGGGGGUGCGGACACAGAACUGUGGGAUGAGUUCCCGACGUCAUACCUACAAUUCCAGCUCAUCAGCAGUGUCUUUAAACCGAUCCUUAGCGGGUUGCCAAGAUAUUGACUUGCUGCCAUUUAACAGUUUGUAUUCUCGAUCCCUUCUUUGCUAGUUGCAUCCUUGCCUUGUUUUUUUUUUUUUUUUUUUGUUCGUCUGCCUUUCACAGCGGCUUUCCCUUGGGUUUUAUUUUUAUUGAUCCCAACCUAUUGUCACGGACCUUUUUUUUUCCCUCCUUUUUUGCGAUGGCGUGUUUUUUUUUGUGUGUGUGUGUUCAAUAAACCCUUGUACGCAAUCCCUCUGUUAUUGUUGUCUGCUUUGGGGUCCAACCUUGCUUAAGCAUUCGAGGACUGUCACAGUUUUGUUGGUUUUCAUCUGAGGACUUGAGUUACGGAUGUAGCUAAUAGAUCGAUAAACAAUACACACACUAUCGAUGUAGAAAAAAAAAAAAAAAACAUGGUCCUUAUGGUGUUAGAUAAUGUUACUAAACAAUGUGGUCUUGAACGCUACCUGCAUGCAACUAAUGUGCUUUAAGUACAUAUAAAGUACACAACAGCCCUCUUUUAUCUCAUUGUGCAAAAUAAGGCAUCAUUAUAAUCUGUUGGGGAGAAAAUUAUACGAAUAGCCAGCCAUCAAACUAAAUUUAAUACAUUCAUUCAUUCGUUUUCUGUGUCGCUUAUCCGUCUUAAAAAUUUAUUUACGCCGUAUUCAUGUUGCAUAUAUAUGUGCAGGGGCGGACUGGUAAUCUGUGGCUUCUGGAGGAUCACAGGACGGCCGGCGGCCGCCAUUCAUUAUACAUCACUGUUUUUAUCCCCCCUAUCCUCUGAUUAUCUACAGUUCACAUCCAAUCCGACAGGUGGCAGCAAUGCGCCUGGCUGUUCACCGCCAAUCUGAUAGAAGAACGAAGAAAGCACAGAGUAGCCCUCAUUGAUUCCUUGUGGAAGCAAAAUAGCGACGAGCGUUAAUGCACAAUAUGGAUGGUGGUGGCAAAAAAAGAAAGAAGGGUGGCGGGGAGAAGGUUAGGGAGAAAAAAUUAAAGAAACUGGAGAGCGAAGCAUCAAAAUGUCAUAAGUUGACAAAUAUUUUCGCAAGCAUCAGUCUGGCUGCAACGGCCACGCCGGGUAACAACUGCCCAGCCCCCGGCGAUGGUGAGAGUGGGAGCAGCAGCCGCUCUGACGUGCAGCUGGUGCAGGGAGAGAGAAAAGAAGAGGGAGGGAGUAAUGAUAAGCUGGUGGAAGUUCCCCAGACAAGCGCAGAGCAAGUAAAUAGGGAUGAAGAGGGUUACUUGCUCGGUAUACUGGCAAUUGUUAUCCACCAGGUAGCUACAUUUUAAAUCCAAUUCCAGUUCAGCCUUGCAGUACUUUGAGCGCUCCAAGUCAGACAGUCACAGUCUAGACACUUUUUUUAACUUACCACCCUCAGAAGACAAAACACCUGACUAUACAAAGAGUAUUCAUACGCAAAGAUGGCACAGAUAGAAAAUGGCUAACAUACUGCAAAGAAAAUCAUUAACUAUAUUGUAUAUGCAUAAUAAUGCAAUGUGUAGUUCUUCAUAGCCACUUCAUUUUUCUCUCAAAGUGCACGAAAUUGAUGCAUUUUACAAUAAAAUGUAAAAACAAAAACAAAAAAAAUUCUCCCGGGGGGGCAUGCCCCCGGCGCCCCCUAGGGGGUCUGUGUUUCCUUUCGUACAGCGAUUCUUGUGGGCUGGGCUGAGUCAAAGUCCAGGGCUGCUUUUUGGUCCCAGUCCGCCCCUGUAUAUGUGUAUGAUGUAACUUGUUUAUUUGGCACCUUUUGGAUUAUGAGAGUCCAAAUGAAUGUAAAAGAGUGCUUAUACACUGCCACAAAAGCUUCAGGAGCAACAUCUGAUAAGGGCGCAAAAUCUGAGAACACACUUUUACAUGAUAAAAAUAUGAUGGUUGGUUGCCUGGUUCAGAUCGGGUAAUGCAGUACUC